UUAGUUCCCCUUCCUAUCAAACUGCCUACAAGGACAACGUCCGCUGACCAAAGACCAAAGACCAUAGACAGUCUCUGUAUUCAAUAUUUUAUUGAAUAAUAAAGUGAAACUAUCACAAGCUACCUUUAGGGCUUGUGGUGAAGUCACUGCUGUAGCAUACUGAGGUAAAGGUACACACUCCUCUACCUGUGACAGCCAGCUUUCAGAUGAACUCCACAGGAGAUAAUGAGCCAGAAGAAACCAGCAAACCCUCCGGCAGUGCCAGGACUCUUGCCUUGACUGUGUGCUCUGCUGCCAUCGGAGGAACAUUCCAGUAUGGCUACAACAUUUCCAUCAUCAAUUCUCCCACCAGGUAUAUCCAGGGCUUCAUCAAUGACACCUACAUGGAGCGAUGGGGCACAGCCUUGGACACCCCUCAGGUGACACUAGUGUGGACUCUAAUUGUGUCAGCAUUCCCAAUGGGAGGUUUGCUAGGGGCCCUGCUGGCAGGACCUAUGUCGGUCCGCUUUGGUAGAAAGAAAUCACUGCUUCUGAACAACUUUUUCCUAUUUGUUGGUGCUGUGUUUGUGUUAACGAGCAGGUUGGCCAAAGCCUUUGAGAUGAUCAUCCUCGCUCGCUUUCUGGUGGGCAUGAACUCAGGUGUCAGCAUGAACGUCCAGCCUAUGUACUUUGGAGAAAGUGCACCCAAACAUCUCAGAGGUGCUGUGGCUUUUUCCUCUGCUGUUUUCACUGCGUUUGGCAUCUUCUUGGGUCAGGUUGUGGGACUGACUGAGGUGCUGGGUGCGGAACCUCUUUGGCCCUACCUGCUUGCUAGUAAUGCUUUGCCAGGGUUGAUCCAGCUGGUUACCCUACCCUGGUUCCCUGAGAGCCCCAGAUACCUUCUGAUUGACAAGGGAGACAGGGAAGGAUGUGUCCAGGCGCUUGGGAGACUCCGUGGAGGGGAGGCUCCUGUCUUGGAGAUGGAGGAGAUGCUUCAAGAGCAGCAGCAGCAAAUGUCCGCGGCCUUAAAUUCUGGAUCAGCAGCUUCUGCCAAGACACCCUGGUCCCUGUUUAAGAAUAGCAACCUACGAUCCCAACUCUGGACAGUAAUGUUUGCCAGUAGCGCCAUGAUGCUCUGUGGGAAUGAUUCCAUUUACUUCUAUGCUUCCUACAUCUUUUUGGAAGCAGGAAUUCCACCAGAGAAAAUUCAGUAUGUCACAAUCGGCACAGGAGCAUCUGAGCUAACAGCUGCUAUCCUGAGUAAUCUCCUGAUUGAACGUGUGGGCCGCAGGUACCUUCUCAUUGGGGGAUACAGUCUUAUGACCUCCUGGGGUAUAGUCUUCACUGUAGCUCUUACUCUGCAGAGCCGUAACGUUGCAGGGAUGGCGUACCUCAGCAUGAUAUGUGUGUUUUCGUACAUCCUCAGCUUUGGCUUGGGCCCUGCAGGAGUGACGGGGAUCUUACCGGCUGAGAUCUUCGACCAGGCAGCUCGUCCAGCGGCGUACAUGGUCGCAGGCUCACUUAUGUGGAUCAGCCUGUUCUUGAUUGGAAUGUUGUUUCCUUUCAUCGUCAACGGACUGGGGAAUUUCUGCUUCCUGCCCUUCCUGGCUGUGUGUUUGGUCUCUGCUGUGUUUUUGGGGCUCACCUUGCCAGAAACAAAGGGAAAGACACUGGCUCAGAUUACUGCAGAGUUUGAGAGAAAAAAUGGAAGGAAAAUGAGAGAAACUCCAGACAGACAGGUGGAUGAGCCCUUACAGAAUCACUACCAGCUGGGUAAAGCCUGUUCUUUUACUACCUUAACGCAUGAUGCUGACCCUGACAUAAAGAAUGGUGACUGAACUUUCACCUCCAGUAAAACUAGAAAUGGAACUUUCAGUGCCUUUGUGUUGUUGUUAUGCACUUUCACUGUUGGAUAGAUUUCUGUGAAGAUGAAAUCAUAUGUCUCAUAUUUAUUGGAGAUGAUCUCUGUGUAAUUAGAAUGUCCUAUUCAUUUGCAUUUGUGUUCUGAACUUAGUACUCAAACCGCCCUUAAACUUACAUAGAGCAUGGUCACAGAACUAAACAUCCUGACACUUAACCCUAAUGCAGUCCUUGCACUAAUGCCUGUAUUACACUUUCCACCUCCAUAAAUAUCAAUAUAAGUCUGUAAGGUUCUGACUGACAUACAUUUUAUAAUCACAAGAGUCUGAGUUUGCACCUUUGCGGACAUCAACAUGUAUCCCAAAAUGUGUGUGUGUACAACAACUAUGCCUCAAGGGCACUAGUGCACACGUGCAGCAGUGGUGUGCAUGUACAGAAUGCAUAGAUGCAAACUACUGUGCUUGUAUUGAAUGCAUCCUUGAAGCAAAUGAAAAGUAGUAUAAUAGUAACAAAUACACAUCUGUGGAGUCUGCAGGUGUCCAUGUGCUCAUUUGUAUAAGAGUAUAAAAAAGGCUUAAGUCCUUCCCAAUAGAAGUUUACAAAAGCUCCUAACUUGCUGCUUACCUCUUCAAUGUACCUAACCGUGAUGAACUUAAAUGUAUUGUUCUAAUAUGAAGAAAACUGUCAAUCAGCUAACACACCUCAAACUUACGCAUUUAAAGGCUCACAUUCCAGGAGUUUCAGGCCAGUUAAUCCCUGUUUCACCCCUUUCGUCAGUCGGAUGUUUUUUUAAAUAAUUUUUCGGCCUUGUUAGAAAAGAGGUAGACAGGAAAGUAGGAAGACCUUCAGCAAAGGGCUGUGAGCUGGAAUCAAACCCAGGCCACUGUGUUGGGGACUAGAGCCCCUGUUUACGGGUCACCCACUCAGACAGCUGAGCUAUCUGGGAGCCCCAGCUGUUGAUUUUUCUAAAGUCCAACCCUUUCCAGUGUUAACGUAAGAGCGAUAUAUCAGCCGAUAUACAUAUAGUAUGUUAGAGUUACCUUAGUAAAGGAAAAUAACUAGGUUAUUGCUUAUUUUCUCUGCAGUAAUGUAUUUUACAAACUCGUUAGCGACUUGUGAAGACAAAGCUCGACUCCGCACUGCUGUCUCCUCAGAGCUCAAACUGUGUAGCUAAACAAACUACAUGGCACCAUUUCCAAGCAUUUCCUUAUAUGCUUAGAGGUGUAAUUCAUUAUUUUUCAUUUUUUCUUUAGAGACGAGAUUCUAAGCAUCCCCAAACAUCUUUUUCUGUAUUAUGCCAAUACGAUAGAUCUGCGAAAGAUCAGUAUCUGCCCAUAAUAUAAUCCAACUGAUAUAUCAGUCAACGUGCAAGAUAAUAUUUAUUAUCCCCGAGGGGCAAUUUGUUUAGCAGUCAGCAGUACACCACAGUGGUACACAACUUUGCCACCACAAUGCCCGUUUUCUGUUAUUCGAGCAAUCUGCUUCCCAUUUGCUUCCUCUAGCACUAUAAUCUGAAUAUCCUUGAGUGUGUGAUUAUUGUUAUUUUCAAAUCUUGCCACUCAUACAUGUGUGUGGUGUAGCCUCAGUUCAAAACCUGUGAGGACUUUAAAACUCCUGUAUUGUGAGCCUAGCCUUAAAUAAUAUUCAUACAGACUCAAACUCUCUGAAGGUCUUCUCAAUAAUACAUGUGUUUGCAGUUGAAUGAGCAAUCAUUUGAACUUCAUGUAUCAAAGGAUUACCCACUCCGAUUCAACACUUCUGCACUGGAUAGAUAACAGUGCUUGUUUGUAAUCUGGUUUUGUUGUGUGUCUAUCCAAGUUCAGUGAGCCAUGCUUAUGUACAUUUUAUUAUUUAUUGAUCCAAAUGACAAACCCAGACUGAGUGUUAAAUAUACAUCACCUUGGCUGUAUGAGUAAAUUAACUAUAUUAGUUAGAUGUCCCUGUCACUUUUAUGUGCAUUUAUUUAUUUGCCAUAAAUGGUACCCUAUGGUUGCUCUGUGCAGUCUAUAUGUGUGACGGCAGCUCCUCCAAAAAGCCAGCAGAUGUCACCAUUGUCUUUGUGGUUCGCUUUCCUGUAUAUGAUGACCUAAAAGGCUGUGUGAACAUAAAAAUUAAUCAGACAUAAACACCUAGGUGAGGAUGACACUUUUAAUGUCAACAGUUGGUAGUUGACAGCCCUUCCACACCUUCUGUUCACCAUCUGUAUGUUCCUUAAUUAGCCUUUGUUACUUUAUUAUUUCUGGCAAUGAAUCCAAAAUGCAGACAAUUGUCAAUUUAUGCGCUGUUGUAGCAUGUGGCAUUUGCUGUGCACUGACUGAAUGAAUCUGUUGUAAUUGAAUGACACCGUCCUUGCAAAGCAUCUUAUGACAAUCCUCAAUGAUAGUAAGGAUUUAGUAGAAAUCAUCCUUUGAUUCUCAGGCUAUAUUUAUAUUUUUGUCUAUAAAAAUUGCUGUUAUUUAUUGAAUCAUAUUUAUUCAAUGCAAAAUACUAUGGCAUGUACAAGAAAAAAUAAAAAGUGAUCAUCCACACA